AUGAUUGCUCUUAUUCUGUUUGAUACGUCUCCUGUGCCGUAUGGUGCCUGCUUGGUUCAGAUGUUCCUGGUCUUUCAUCUUGAAGUUGUAGAAUCCUUUCUCUUCACUCUUAUGGCGUGUGACCGCUAUAUCGCUGUUAUUUACCCGUUCAGAUACCCUCAGCUUGUUACGGGAAGAACUGUGUUUGCAGGCAUCUUACUAUCCAACGUUAUCUCAGCCAUGCCAAAUACAGUGUACAUGAUAUUUGUCACCGAACUUUCCUUCUGUCGCACUAAUGUCCUACCUUAUUGCUUCUGUGACUAUGCCACCAUGGUUCUAGUUUCUUGCACUGAGAAUCCUAAAUACUUAAGUCUUCUCUCAACCACAGCCACUACAUUUGGUGUUGGACCUUUGACUAUAAUCUUCUUUUCCUACAUCAAGAUCGUCUAUGCAGCACUUAAGAUUUCAUCAGCUGAAGGCAAGAAAAAGGUCUUCAAUGUGCUCAUCACACACCUCCUCGUGGUGUUACUGUUUUACUUGCCACUGAUGACUGCUUUUAUUUUACCUGGAAUUGGAGUAAAACUGUCAGCCGAAGCCUACAACACUUUGGUGAUGGUCGCGACUAUCGUCCCCCCGAUGAUGAAUCCCAUCAUAUACAGCUUCAGGAAUAAGGAAAUAAAAAAUGGAAUUAAGAAAAUUUUCAUGAGGAAAAGAACAAUUCCGGAAAUUAACAAUCGUAUGUGA